ACAGAGUAGCUUCCAAACUAAGGUCAUGUCGAAUGUCGAUCAGGGGCGAGGGUACAUAUUGAAACUUUAAAUUUGGUUGAAAGAUGCCGGCAGCUUUCCAGAUUCAAAGAAUCGGAAUAUCAUCGAGUCGACUAUUUGGAUGCAGUAGGACCCUUCAUUCAAAACCGAUACCUCAACUGCUCGAUCAACGAAACUCAACCAAGGCGAUGGUGAUUCCAAUCCAAUCGGGAUAUCAAUUAGAACGGGAGGUUGCAGUCGCGGCCGUCUUACAGGCCUCCCUCGUCACCCGAAGGAUAUUUGAUAAGCUGAUUCGGCCGGGCCUGCAAACUGGGGACAACAAUCAAGCCUCGAUCACUAAAGUCGAUCGUAGUCCUGUUACCGUUGGAGACUACACUGUUCAAGCGUUGCUCAAUUUUAUACUCUCGAAGUACUUCCCAGACGACGAGAUUGUAGGAGAAGAAGAUUCAUCGGAAUUGUUGAAGACAACAGACAAGAAACACUUACAGCAGAUCAUCGACUUCACGAAUGAAGGUUUGAAGGAAGAUCGAUUGAGUAUACCAACGGAUGAAGAGAAAUGGUCGAAAUUUCGAUCUCAACCGGCGUUGACUGAAGACGAGUUGGUGAAAUUAAUUGACUUGGGCAAAAGUGCAGGGGGUAAACCGGGCGAGAAUCGACGGUUUUGGACGCUCGAUCCGAUCGAUGGCACCAAAGGAUUCCUACGCGGUGGACAAUAUGCGAUCUGUCUUGCCUUGAUCGUCGAUGGAGAAGCGGUACUCGGGGUCAUCGGAACGCCCAACCUACCACUCAAAGGUAUACCAAGUCCAACCGACACUGAACCUACUGGUGUGUUAUUCUUAGCCGAAAAGGGCUCGGGAGCUUUCCAACGAGCCUUAGGAGUGGAUGAAUAUACCGAGAUCAAAAUGAAACCGCAUGAGCGAGGGUCCCUGGGUCGAGAGGGGACGUUUUGUGAAUCGUUUGAUGCGGGUCACUCUAACCAACUCGUCACCGGUGAUAUCGCACGAAAGCUCAACAUGCUAAAUGCUCAAAGCCCAAUCAGAAUCGAUAGUCAAGCCAAGUAUUGUGUUCUCGCGAGAGGUGAUAGUGAUGUUUAUCUACGAUUUCCUACUCAAGCUGACUAUCAGGAAAAGAUUUGGGAUCAUGCUGCAGGAAGCAUCAUAAUCAGUGAAGCAGGCGGCAAGGUCGUCGACCUGGACGGGAAACCUUUGGAUUUCUCUGGUGGUCGAACACUGUCCAAUAACCAUCCAGGCUUCUUGGCUUGCCAUAAUCAAGUGCUGGUUGACGUUUUAAAGGCUGCAAAGGCAGCACACGAAAAUCAAUUGAAACAACAAAAAUUACACAAGUAUUAAUAAUUUGUGACAAUCCACUGCAUAACAUAUUCGAGGUAAAUCUUCUUAUUAGCUCAGAAAUUUGAAAAUCUGAAUAGUUUGCCCUCAGUCAGAAUUUUUGAAAUGUUUAGGUUUUGAUACUGUACACCCACACCCCCUCUAAGAAUGAUUAGAAAUCAGAUACUGUGCAAUAGCUAUGUACGGGACAGCCUUUCAUGAACUUUUCAUGUGGAUUGAUUGACAGCGGAGCCUUCUUGAGACCGUGUGGCUUGCACA